GACUUCUUGGAUCAGCUGCCAAGCCUCAGGAAGCAGACUCUCCCCGCCCGCUGCCCUUUUGUGGGGACACAGGGAGGGCAGGCUGCGGCCUUGGCGCUGGCGCCGCCUAUGCGAAAGUGUCCCUUGAGCGCCACCUGUUACUUUCCUCCCGCUGGCCCGGCGCGCGGAUCUCCUCCUGCGCGCUCGGCUGAGGUAAGGGAGCGAAGGUGCCUUAGGCUCUUCUUCCCCAGUGCCGCCUGCGGAUUCCCCGCCGGGCGACCUCCGGGCGCGAUGACCGUCGGGGGGACCCGGAGAGCCAACUACCCCCGACGGGGGCCUGCGGAGGACGAAAUCUCUAUCCUGGAAAAGGACGAGGAAGAAGAAGAGGAAGAGGAGGAGGAGAGGAGGCAGACAGCCCCAAGCGGCCAAGCUGAAGAGGGGGAGUCCGGCUGCGCCUCCAAGAAAGUCGCCUUCGCCGUCCUCCCGGACAAGUACGAGCCUCUCGGCGGGGCGGGAGACGAGCAGCAGCCCAAAGCCGAGCGCAAGAGCAAGAAGCGCAGGAGGAAGCUCAAGAAAUACGGCAAGAAUGUGGGCAAAGCACUGCAAAAAGGAUGCCGUUAUCUGGUACUCGGUCUGCAGGGAUUAGCUAAUGCCUACUCAUCUCCUCUUGGAGUGGCUGUUUCAAUAGCUACGGCGUUUCGUUAAGACUUGCAGCCUGCCACAUUCGGGUUGAAGACGGAAGGAACGGUUGUUGAAGCACCUGGCCAAAUUUCCCUUUCGCUGAAACUUCGUCUUCAGAAAUGUCUCCCAACUGAGCAACAAGAAAGAAAAAACAGAUCAGACUGAACAUUCGGGAUGGAUCAUUUGCUGCUCUGGACAUGAGUCGUUCUCUGACAAGUGCUUUGAUCAAAAGAAUGAGUAAGGCCAAAAGAACAAAACGUUGAUUAGCUGGGCUGGAUUUAGAAAUAUAGUAAUUGUGUGUCAACUACUCACCAGCAGGAUUGGCCCAAGGCAUUUCGCCGCCUGAGGCAAGGAUGGCACCCCACCUCCCAUUCUGUGUGCAAAAUCCAACUGAAUUGUCAGUUGAAUGAACAUUGUAGGCAGGACAGUGUCCCCCGCCACACAUGACGCCUGAGAGGUAUAGGGCAGACUAUGCAGCAUGCACAAGUCUGCCCUUCAACAUCUCAUCUCCAUUCCUCACCCCUUGAGGCAGCCGCCUUUGCCUAACAGUGGUGACUGGUCUCCACUGGGACUGCUGGAGUGUAAGGCAGGAGGCCAACAGUAGGUGGAGCCAGAGCCAGUGACAGGCACAACCACGGUCAAUGAUAAGCAAAGUCAGUUAAGUCUAAUUUUGUCCCUAUCCUCCUCCUUGCUGAGUUCUGCACAGGAAACAAUGAAGCUAAGGAGGAGGAAGCUGACAGCCAGUUACAUCCUUUGGACCAAUUGUAAUUGAAAAAAGGCAGGGAGAUGGAGGUUGACUGAGGGUAAACUGAAGUUGGUGCGGUAGUGCCCCAUUCAACCCAAUUGACCAGACUGUACUGCUGCCUAUUAGUCAGGCUGGCCUUGACAAAAGCAACAUCUGUGGACAAAGAAAAGGACAGCAUGUAGGAGGAAAUGGAGGAAGAGUGGCACGUAAAGGAGACACAUAAAAGGAAAACAGGGAGAUGAAGUUUUCAUAAUUCUGGCCAGGCCUUAGUAAUGCUGCAUGGUGGGCUGGUGUUCCAGAGAGGCAGAAAGAGCUACAUCUGUUGAAUGUCUAUAUCAGGGAUUGGGAACUUUUGGAUGUUGUUGGACUACAACUCCCAUCAUCUCUGACCGCUGGCCAUGCUGGCUGGGGAGGAUGGGAAUUGAAGUCCAACAGCAUCUGCAGAACCACAGGUUACCCAUCCCUGGUCUACAUGUUAGAGCACACAGGAGCAACAGCAGAAGCAGGCAAAUACCAGAAAAUAUGGAAGAAAGGGGGGAUUUGGGAAGAGAAAUUAUUUGACAAAAUAAGAACUUAAGGACAUUAUUGCAUUGGACCCAUCAUGUAGCCAAGCAUCUUGCAAUCAGUUCCAGAUACCUUGGGAGUCCUGGUUCUCAGCUGGAGAAUUGUGAGAGCCCUGUGGGUAGGGUUGCCAGGCCCUGGUAGUGCUUUUUAUCUCUCUUAAGGGAAGGGAACAUUUCUGCAAGCCACGCCCACUUUCACCAGCCUUGCUUCGUGCCCACCUUCAGUGGCUGAAAUGUUUUUUAGAGGGCUGAGCCAAUCAGAAGGUUGGCGGUUCGAAUCUCCGUGACGGGGUGAGCUCCCGUUGCUCGGUCCCAGCUCCUGCCAACCUAGCAGUUCAAAAGCACGUCAAAGUGCAAGCAGAUAAAUAGGUACCACUACAGCGGAAAAGUAAACGGUGUUUCCGUGUGCUGUUCUGGUUUGCCAGAAGUGGCCUUGUCAUGCUGGCCACAUGACCCGGAAGCUGUUCCCUCGGCCAAUAACGCGAGAUGAGCGGCGCAACCCCAGAGUCAGUCACGACUGGACCUAAUGGUCAGGGGUCCCUUUACCUUUAAUUAGUUUCAUUUGCCUGGAUAGAGGAUAGAGGCAGGGGUGUGUGUAUAAACUAGCCAAUGGUACAAAGGUAACAUUUACAUUCAUUGCUCUGCCUGUUUUUGCCUCUGGCCCUGCCUACCACUGUCAUGCAGCCCCCAGAAGGCUGCCCAGAAGGCUGAAGAAUGUCCCCCACCACUGUGCUGAUUUCACAACCAUGAGUACUUUUAUAAACCUCUAUUAAAGGUGUGGGGAACCUUUGGCCCUUCAGAUGUGGCAGAACUAUGACUCCCAUCAGCCUCAGCAAGCAUGUCUCAAUAGCUAAGGGUUUCUGGGAGUUGUGGUUCAGCAGCAUCAGAUUAGAACGUGAGCCCAUAAGAUGAUCCUGCUGGAUCAGGCCAUCCAGUUGUCUCAGUGGCCAGCCAAGCUGCUUAUGGGAAGCUCUCAAGCGAGACCUGAGCCCAAGAGUACUCUCAUCUCCUGCAGUCUCCAGCAACUGGUAUUUGGAACCUCCAGCUGUGGAGGCGACACACAACUGUCAUGGCUAGUAUCCAUCUAUAGCCCUUUCAUGAAAUUAAGAAUCUAAUCCUCUUUCAAACCCAUCUAUAUUGGUGGCCAUCACUGCGAGCGAGUGCCAUAGUUUAUGUGUUUAUUUUUAAAAAUAUAUCCUGAAUUUUCCAACAUUCAGCUUCAUUGCAUGCCCAUGAGUUCUAGCAUUAUAAAAGGGGUUGCACACACCUGCUCGAUUACGCCAUUUCCCCACCACUACUCCUCAGUAGACUUUCAUUCUUCUUCUGUACCUCCUGCUUGAUCUGUGGCUGUAGGUCAGGGGUGAGGAAUCUCCAGCCCACAGACCUACUUAGAGUUAGGCCCACCUCCUCUCAUGGCCCCCAAGGCCAUUUUGGCCAAGCCACACCCACCUACCCUAUCCUUGACUUCACAUAUGCUAUCAGUUGUGGGGCAGAUGAAGACCUGGCUCAGCUGAAAGGGGGUUUACAGGUACCAUGGAUGGGUGGUGCUUGCAAAGUCCUACUUGGGUCUUGUGAAGCCCCUCACAGAACGCUCCUGAAGACCCCUGCAGGCAAAAAUGGGCCACCUGGUGCCAUGAUGUCAGGUGAUUGAUAAGUAAUCGUCCCCCACCUGUCUGUCAAACGUGGCCUGUGAAGGGGGGAGAGAUAACAAUCUGUCCCACCAACCAGAUCCAGCUGCCCACCCAUGCUGUAGGGGAAGGGAGGUAGCUCAGUGGUAGGGCAUCUGCACUGCAUGCAGAAUCUCCUAGGUUCACUCUCCAGCAUCUCCAGGUGAGGCUGGGAAAGACUCCAUGUCUGAAACUUUGGAGAGCCACCACUAGUCAGUGUAAAUAAAUAAUACCAAGCUGGAUGAGCAGUUGGUCCAUCUCAGUAUAAGGUGGCUCCUUAUGAUCUGAUUGUCCUGGGACCAUGUGGCUUCUGACAGCAUUGCAAAUGACAAUUCUUGUUCUACUGGUGGUGCAAAGGGCCACCUUACAGCCUCACUAGUCUAGGGCAGUUUAUGUGGCACUCAAGGGCAUUUUUGGCAGAGAAAUCAGGGCAGGAAUAGAAAGUAGCCCCAGCAAUCUUGCUUUGCGGCUAGAAUGCUACACCUAGGAUUACAAAGCAGGUGGGAGUUGUGUAAGACAUCUGUACGGUAUGCAGAAUUUUGCCCCAUUUGUUGGGUACUAGAUGUUGCCUUGGCACAGCUCUCUGUUUAUCCUGCUGCAGUCAAAGCAGCUGUAGACAAUCAAGCAGCCUGUGUGUGUAUAGGACAGAAGUAUCUGUCAUGGUGUUUAAUAAAACUCAUCUUCCUGGAAUGCCUGCCCUAGGCACCAAGAGUAAGAGAUCAGAUGAAUAUCUCACUGGAAAAAGCAUUAAGCUGGCCUGCUGGGUUUAACCUUGUGGAUGGAAAUCUCUGAAAGCUGCCAUUUAAAGAAUUAUCUUGUCCAGUGUUGACAGAAGAAUCAAGCCUUUGCAUUCCCGAAAUGAUAUAUUUCCACCUAGAUAAUACUGUAGUUAAUUUUGAUAUGUUUUAUAUAUACCUUCUGAGCUUUAUAGAAUUCAUUGAAGAAUACUUGCUUUUUUAAAAAAGAAAUAUGCUUUAAAGCUGGUUAUUUUGUUUUACUUAAUAUUAAUGAACCUGCUAACAAGUAAGCUGAUGUACUAAGAGAAAUUAAAUAGAUUUAGCCAGAGUGCAAUUUGUGUGUGAACUGCUUUUGAUUUUCCAAACAUCCUCAACUAUUAAUCUUGUCUUGUGGAUAAGACUGGACUUAACCUUCCAGGGGUCCUUUACCUUUACCUUACCUACUAUUAAUUCAAGACUGGUGUGUGAAUAGCCCAUAAGGUAAGAUCUUUGUAACAACGUCCUAUAAAGUGGGUUGUCUUCUGUGAAUCACAAUUAUUUGUGCAUUAAUUUAGAGCAUUUUCACCCAGUUCUCCAGCUGAAAAAGAGGACGGGGAGGAAGAGGAAAGCAAGCAAACUCAGAUACCGAUUCUAGAAGUUACAAGAUCCAUACAAUGAUCAGCUUGAAUGGAAACAGUUCUAAGGAAGCAUGGAGUCUCUUAGUAGAGCCGAUGGAGAGACUUUGCUUCCCUUUCUGCUGUACCCUGAUGGUGCAGCUGCCGCUGGAUGACAGUCAAGAAUGUAAAUAGAGUCUGCUGGAUCAGGCCAAUGGCCCAUCUAGUUCAGCAUCCUGUUCCCACAGUGGCCAGCCAGAUGCCUAUAGGAAACCCUCAAGCAGGGCCGGGGGGCAAGAGCACCCCCACCCACCCUCACCCCCUGGAUUCUAGGAACCGGUAUCAAGAAGUAUUACUGUCUCCAGCUGUGACUUCAUUAGUACAGUUCUAGACUAAUUAGUAUAGUCCAUGAUUUAUAAAGCACCUAAAAUCCUGGAAGAAGGAGAUCCUUUACACAGAUAAGGUUGUAUAGUUGUCUGAUUUUUGCUCCAGAAAAAUCUAGUCUUCCAUUGUUUUUAAAUAAAGCAGGGAUAGGGAACCUGUGGCCCUCCAGGUGUUAUUGGACUACAACGUGAUCACCUUCUGUCGAGUCCAGCGACUUAUGGAGGGUCAGAAUUAAAGAAUGUGUCCUCCCCCCCAUCAUGAUGCUAAGGAUAUACUGUAUUAGAAAACAUGCUGUGUCUGCGUAUGAAUAAGAUGGUAUACCCAUGAUCCAAAACAUCUGUGCCAUUUAAUAUAAUGGCUUACUCCAAAAGAGAACAAGCAGCUUCUGUUUGGUAAGGGUAUCAAGAAUCUUGUGUUGUAGAUCCCUAGACCCCUUCACAGAACUGCACUUUCCAAAAUUAGCUAUUAAGCCUACAGGUGCAGAUAUGCCAAGGAUGUGGCACUGCUUAUUUUAUAGUUCAUGUGUUCCCUAACUCCUGCUGAUCUCUGCAAAGUGGACAGUAUCCCAGGGCAUUUUUAAUCAAAACUCUUGGCACCUCCAUCUAAGUUCCCCCAUCACUGUUUGUAUGUGGGGCUCCAGCAUUACUGUACAUUAUAGCGAGUGGGCAGCUGUCACAAUGAAAUAUGUUGAUAGGUAUAAAUAGCAGGCUGUCAAAAAUCUUAAAGGGAAUCGAUACAAGUAACGUGUUAAGGGGGGGGGGGAAACUGUUGACACUAUAACUCAUUUUUAUUAUUAUUUAAAGUUUGUAGAUAUAGUGGGAAUAGUUUGGUUUCCUGGAGUUCUUCCCUGGUGAGAAAAAAAACUAUAAUUGCAGUGAAUACUUUCCUUGAUGUGCCUGC